AUGCGGCUUCUUUCUGCUGACAGUCCAUCUAUAUCGGAAGUAUUGCCGCGGCACCGGAAAACAUCCCCUCUGCCACCGGUACCGGUGGUGGAAGAGCCAGCAACACCGGAAAAGGACCGGUUCGAGGACAGUGACCCGGUCCUGCUCUCUUACGACGAGAUCCCGGAAUGGUAUCAAGACAAUGAGUACAUCCGGCAUGGUUAUCGCCCGGUCUCCAACUCGACUCAUGCAUGCUUCGCUAGCUGGCUGUAUUUGCACAAUGAAACGGUCAAUAUCUAUUCGCAUCUCAUUCCCGCCGUGUUUUUCCUCGCGGGGGAAGGCCUAUUCUAUCAAUACCUCCAAGCCAGGUACCCCGACGCCACAUUAGGUGAUCAUGCCGUGUUUGCCUUCUUCCUUUUGACAGCCGUCAUAUGUCUCGGCAUGUCGGCUACAUAUCAUACCUUGAUGAACCACUCCCUCCAUGUCUCCGACUUGUGGUUGAGACUCGAUUACGUGGGAAUCAUUGUCCUCACACUGGGAGACUUCGUCUCCGGAAUCUAUAUGGUAUUCUACUGCGAGCCUCUGCUGCGACGGAUAUACUGGGGCAUGAUCAUCACACUCAGCUGUAUCACUAUUGUGAUUCUUUUGAAUCCAAAGUUCCAAGGUCCUCGCUGGCGAACGUUCCGUGUCUGCACAUUCGUUGGUACGGGACUGUCAGGCUUCGCGCCUCUAAUCCACGGCAUCAGCGUCUUUGGAUUUGCCAAGAUGAUGGAGCAGUCGGGCAUGCCAUAUUACCUUGGGGAAGGAGCCCUUCUCAUUCUAGGAGCUCUUUUCUAUACGAUGCGGAUUCCCGAAUCACUGAGGCCGGGGAAAUUCGAUAUCUUUGGCUGUUCUCAUCAGAUCUUCCACAUUCUCGUCGUCCUGGCCACUGCGGUCCAGCUCAUUGGGAUUCUGUCUGCAUUUGACUAUAACUACCGGCACCGAGAAUGUAGGCACUCGUAA